UCUCUAACCUUGCCUUGCAACAUGCUCAAGUUCCAACUUGCAACGCCGCAGGAUCUCAGGGCGGCUGCCAAAGUCGAGCACAAACGGCAAAUCGAGGAGGCGAGGAAGUCCCGCAUAUUCAACCCUCGGUCCAGGCGUAUCGGGAUAGACAAGGAAUUCCUGGACAAACAGGUAGAGGAAAAAAAACGGCUGGCUCAGCUCGAGAAGGAGAAGGAAUGCCGGAUGGACGAGCAGCUAGUGCGUAGCAGCCAAUUGGCGAUGAUGUUGGAAAAACGCGAGGAAGAGGAAAAACGGAAGAUAAAUAAAGAAAUCAACACUUUCCGCACUGUUUACCAACGCCCUGAGGAUCGCAGAGACUUUGAUCUAUACGAUCCCGACAUUUUGAAGAAGACAAUAUUUGAAGGGGAGGAUGAGAAUGCGCAAGCAAGAGCAAAAGUUUUGAAGGAACAGAUGCAGUCGUGGCUUGAACAGCAAACUCAGGAGCGACGGAAGGCGGAAAAGGAGCUCAAAGACGCGGAAGAAGCUUAUCAAAACGCUGUGGUAGCCAGAGACAAACGAGCCGUUAUACUCGAGGGAAUGGAGCGGGAAUGUCGCCGAAAAUUGAACGAGACAACAGCAAAAUUCAAUCAAGCUCUCGCAGAGGAGCAGGAGUACCGCAAAAGAUGCGCCGCAGUUCAAGAUGAAGAAGAUAAGAUGGCAGAAAUCUACAACCACGUAACCGGAGAUUUCCUGACCGAGGCACCGGAACAAGCAUCGAGUAAUCGAGGGCCAGACAAGCCGCUGGCUAGUCGGUACAAGGGCAUGUCACCUGCUGAACUCAAGGCAUUCAGGGACGUGCAAGCAAUUCAGAUGGAAGAGAUUACGAAAAUGAGACAGGCGGAGAAAUGCAGGGACGAAGAAUGGGACAAACAAAUGUCGGGGAAUGCACACGCUGCAGUAGCAUUUGAGCGGGAAUUGGAACGCAAGAAGAGACAAAUCAGCAAGCAAGUGGCGGAAGAAAAUCUCCAGCUUGCCGAAGCUCAGAAAUCCCAUCAAGAGUAUCUGAACCGUGUUGUUUACAAGAACAAACCUACGGCAGCAUUUUUUGAACAAUUCAACAAAGGAACUCGUUAGAUAUUCGAUAAUGACAAAUAUACAAACAUAUAUUAUAUAUGCAUUUAAAUUUGCAAUUUUCUUGCAUUUCGU